AAUUUGAAAAUGCUGUAUACUUUAUGUUACUAAGAGAUUUAAUUAAAAUAGGCAACCACUGUACAACAUUUGAGAAGAAGUGUUUUGACAUUUCAGAUAACCUACAUCUGCCUACACUGUCAAUAUUCCCUCUUGAAAACACAAAAACUAGACUUCAAUUUAGGAAGUAAAAACUAAGUUAAAUAGUAAUUGGGGAAAUGUAGUGCUACCUCCCUUAAAAAACCUUUUACCAAUAAUUGUUAUGUCUUUGUGCUUUUAAACCCUAUGUGUUAUGUGUUAAUUUAUUUAUUUAGUUAAAAACUAUUCUCAAGUAAGUGCCUACACCCUUCCAUUAAUAUUUCGUUUCUUUCUUUUUCUUUUUCUUUGUACAUAUCCCAUUAUACAAUAGCUCAAACAAAAUAAUCUUUAAUUUUAUCAAUUUCUUACCUUUUUCAAUUUUUCAAUUUAAAGUUUCUUAACCGAUGUUUUGAUAAUAAUAUUUUUUCAUUUAACUAACUAGCUUUCCUUUAAUUUCUAUACACUUCAUAGUUUCACAGUGUAUGGCACUUACUACUUCAUAAUAUUAUGACAUUAUUAUACUUAUGACAUCCCUCAGUUAAUUUACUGAGAACAACAUAUCUUAAAUUAGAUUAAUUUAUGACAACAUUUUCCUAUUUGUCAUUUCCUAUGCUUUGACCUCUGCCCGCAUCGUAUAACAUCUACGAGCUAAGACCAUCACAUUUGUACAAGAGCCUAGAAUAACAUUUCAUACUUUGCUACAAUUAAUACGCAACUCCUGGAGCAUUGUCUUUCUCCAUUCGAACAAAACAUCACCCGUUUCACAUACGCAUCUUCCUUCAGGAUCCAUUCCAAAUUCGAAAUCUUACUGUGUUUUAACCUACGUAACAUGUCUGUUUACCCUAUCACUAUCCCAACAAACCAAUUAGCAUAAUUUGGACGUACUAAUAUGACAACAACUAAGUCGCAACGCAAUCCUUGUAACGGCAUAAAUGAACUGGAUAAAGAGGAAUAUGAGGAAACAAAAAAUGACACUAUGGAUCAACUUAAGGAACUUAAUGAUAGUUUAAGUAAAUUAGUAAAAGGAGACAUUUCUCUAAUUAGUGCACUAAGUGCUGUUCAGCUGGCUACACAAGCUGCCAUAUCAAAGGCCUUUAAGACGCCAGAAGUCAUAAGACUUUUUGGCAAAAAAGAACCUCAACAAUUGCGAGAAAGGUUGUGUAUAAUAGACGAAGAAGUGAAGCUAAAUAAGCUCAGUUUAGAAGCUAGGGACAGUCAGAAGGCUGAAAUUUUAACUGCAUUGAGACAAUUAAACGAACAAUUGACCACAGAGGAACUAAGAUUUUUGGAACAACAUAACCACAUUGCGAAAGCAUUUUUAGAUUUUAACUUUAUAGAAGUGCCAGAUGACGAAUAAACGGAUUUGAUGUUUAAAUAUGUACUUUUAUACGUAACCAAAUAUAUAAGCCAUUGGGUAGAAUAGGAAGUAAAUACGAAAAGUGAAUUUUUAAUCAUAAAUAAGAAACUAUGUGGUGGUACUGAUCCAAUUAUUAGUCACCUGGUAAAAUUUGAUUUUUUGUUUAAAACGGUUUAUAAUUAGCAUAUAAAAUACACGUACGGUAUUUGGUUGGAUAGUAACUACCAGCCACUUCCAAAUUAAUUAUAAAUUUUCGAGUCACUUAUGACUGAAUUUAGACUGAUGUCUUUAAAUCCUGAUUACAAAAUAAUUUCGUAUUUACCAGUACAAUUCACUAUUGUCACAGUUACAAUACUGUCAUUAAAAUAUUGUAAAAAAAUGGCAUGAGCUUUUUUUGAAAAAACUUUUUAAAUAGAAAUAAACAUGCAAAUAUAGUUAUAUAGUAGCUAAGUUCUGAGUAUACUUUAAACUAAAAGUCCAGUUUUACCUGAUGAGUCAUAAUACUUUAAUAUUAAUGAUCCACUAUACAUUUAAUAUUUUCUAAAAGUUGCCAUAAAGCCAGAAAAUAAUCUAUGGCGAUGAUUUCUGCAAAAACUAGGGACACGCUCAACAUACGUCAAAGUUAAUAAGAACAAAACGAAGCCAAAUGAAAAAUAAAUUCAUAACUAUUUAAUAAUAAAAAAAUGUUUAAAAUGACCUUUUAUUUAUUCACCCUAUAACCGGUGUCUGAAAGUUGGUCGAGAACACUUCAUCGACGGAAAAUUAGUCGAACAGUUGGUCGAAUGCACAAUUCAUCGAAUGUACAAUUCGUCGACGAACAUUUGAUCGAAUGGAUUUUUCGUCCACAAAGACCCAAAGGGUAGAAAUAAUAAAUAAAUAAAUAAAAAUACAUGGCGGAAACACGCCAAUAUACAGCGUGUCUGCGUAACUUGGAACCAUAUGGGAAACUUUUUUAUUAUCAAUUUUACGAAAAAAAGUCAUUCUUUAUAAAGUGCUCUGCAUAGUCUAAAAACCUAAGAUGCAAUCAUCAGAUAUCAAAUUUUAUCAAUAAUAUCGAGGUAUGUCCAAAAAUAUGAAUUUCGCUCAAGAGUAAAGUGCCUUUAUAUUUCACAAUAUCAAAAAUUGUUAUUAAGAAAAGUUGUUUGUAAUUAAAAAUUAUGUUAUAAUACACAUUUACACUCAUCUAAUUGAAAAAAAAAAAUUUGAAAAUUUUCCUCAAAUUCUGGAUACCCAACAUCAUUUAUAUUUAAGAUAAGUCCGUUAUUAUUAAUUUUGUGAAAAAAAGUUAUUCUUUAUAAAAAUGUCUGAAUAGUUAAAAAACUAAGAUGCAAUCAUAAGAUAUCAAUUUUUUAAAAUUUUAUACGAGGUAUGUCAAAAAAUAUGAAUUUCACUCAAGAGUAAAAUAGCUUUAUAGUUCACAAUAUUUCAACUAGAAGGAUGCAAUUGCAUAUUGAAACAUAGUUUUUAAUUCUGAACAACUUUUUAUAAUACUUUAUUCUUCAGAGAAAUUCAUAUUUUUUGACAUACCUCGUAUAAAAUUGACAAAAUUUAAUAUCUUAUAAUUUUAUCUUAUUUCUUAGACUAUGCAAAACGAUUUAUAAAGAAUAAUUUUUUUUUCGUAAAAUUAAUAUUAACGGAGCUAUCAUAAACAAAAAUGAUGUUUGGGUGUCUGAUUUGAGGAAAAUUUUCAAUUUUUUUUUUAAUUAGAAGACUGUAAAUGCAGAUUAUAACAUAAUUUUUAAUUACAGACAACUCUUCUUAAUGACAUAUUUUGAUAUUGUGAAAUAUAAAGGCACUUUACUCUUGAGCGAAAUUUAUAUUUUUUGACAUACCUCGUAUACUGUUUAUAAAAUUUGAUAUCUGAUGAUUGCGUCUUAGGUUUUAGACUAUGCAGAGCACUUUAUAAAGAAUAAGUUUUUUUCGUUAAAUUGAUAUUAAAAAAGUUUCCAAUAUGGUUUUAAGUUACGCAGACACACUGUAUAAAGUUAGUUUCUUUGUACCAUAUCAAAAAAAAUUAUUUUAUAGAUUGCCAGUCCUAAGCCUUGGAUAUAGUGUAAAGGGAAGUUUAUUUUCACGAGUUCUUUACUUUUUCAUUGAUAUUGACUGAUUAUUGCAGUCAAAACAUUGUAAGGAAAUGUCUCGAUUCCCUAACAAUUUAUUUCCUCAGCAUCUCGCAUAUUUCGUCUUGUCCGCAAGUGCCCCCAAAUUUGAUUGGUCCGGAAAUGCUCCGUUCGCAAGUCCGCCGACACCAAAAAGAAGAACGGUACAACAUCACUAACUGGUCCUUAAAGGCAAAAUAGAGGGCCGUAGAGGUGUCGAAAGAAAACAAGUUUCUUGGUUAAAAAACAUUCGUGAAUGGACUCAGAUAUCAAAUGCAGGACAAUCAUUCCAUAUCGUAAGGUCGAGAAGCCUUCGCAGUGGUGAUAGCCAACGUCGGAUAAUUCUGAUAUGGCACGUGAAGAAUAAGAACUAAUGUUUAAACACCUCAAUGGUUUACUUUUCCUUCUCUUCUGCUUUAAAGGUUUUCUUAUUUAACCUCAGAUUUCAGAGUAACACAUACACAGACUACUUAUAAUGGUGCACGACAAUUAGACCGAAAUCAUUAGACCGAACUCACUGGACCUAAAAGCACUUUACCGAAACCUCACUAGACCGAACAGCAUUAGACCGAAAUGGUACAUAAAUUAAAAAAGAUUGCAAUAAAUUAUGCUAAGAUUUUGUAUAUCUGUCGUUUUGUUUAUUGUAUUUUUUUGUAUUAUUUUAUAUAUAUAGACUGUGUAAAUUGUUACUCCGUACAUUCUGAUAUGAAAUAAUUUUCAUCCGUUAAACAAAAGCACUGCAGAGAGAACAGAGUUUGAACGAACUAAGAACAGAACAAUAUUUAGCUGGCGAACAACCACCCACAAGCCAGAAAAAAUACAGAGAUUCUGCUGACAGAUUAAAACACCUCGUCUGUAACUUUGAUGUUCAUGGUAACAUACUUAAUUACUUAAGGGGGAUUGCACAUAACUUUAAUUUUUAGUAUUGUAUUAAUUUAAUUUUUAGUAUUGUACAUAAUAAAUAAAAAAUAAAUGCACCCUGUAUUAUGUACCUAAUGCUUUUUGGUCUCCUGCUUUUCGGUCUCCUACUGUUCGGUCUAGUGAGGUUUCGGUAAAGUGCUUUUCGGUCUAAUGAUUUCGGCCUCUUUACAGUAAACCACUUAUAAGAAGUGAGGUAGGUGAUCUAUAAAUACUAAUGAAGUUUUUGAAGAUUUUUUUUACUCUUGUACUAGUCUGUAAUUUUGAGCUCAUCAGUACCUAUUAAGUUUUUUCUUUGAAUAAUUUUAUUAAUUCAAAGAAACAUAAAUCUUUUUGUUGAAUCUAAAUCAGUGUUGGAUUAGUACUUUGCAACUGAAAUUGAUCCGAGAUGUCAAACCAUUUCGAAAACCAAGAGUACGGGUGAAAUGUGUUUUUUUAUAUAAAAUUCACUUUUAAGAAUUUACUGCAAGUCAAAUUUGUUAUUAAUUUUUUAUGAAUGUUAUGUGCUUUUUAUGUUUAAUAUUUCUUUUAAUCAAUUGUUGUCACAAUGAAAGCUUUUAUAUGUGUAAAAUUUAAAAGUAAAACCGUUUGAUACGAAUUUAUACUUUGAUAUAUGUAUGCAUAUUGCUAUAAUAAAAACUUAAUAUUA